AGUAGCUUCUAAUCCAGACUGUAUGGUAUGUGGGCUGGUCACAGAUCCCAUGUGGUCCGACAUCAUUGACAUGGCGGAAUCCCCCUCCGAACCCGCCUGGUAGUUAUUCAGGCUUGCUCACUCUCUCAGCCAGGCGGGGAUUUAUCGGACUGCUGGUCGCCUCCCUCCCUCCGAAGGACAGACAGGGCAUUUCUCCUCGCGCGCAACCCCGUUUCCAGCCCAAGGAAGCUCGCAGAGGAAAAUUCUCCAUGAAUGUACGUCACAAUGAUGAUGACCGACCAAAUCCCACUGGAGUUGCCAUCACUGCUGAAUGGGGAAGUAGCCAUGAUGCCUCACUUAGUCAAUGGAGAUGGAACACAGCAGGUCAUUUUUGUUCAAGUUAAUCCAGGUGAAACUUUUACUAUAAGGGGUGAAGAUGGAACUCUUCAGUGCAUUCAAGGACCUGCAGAGGUACCCAUGAUGUCCCCCAAUGGAUCUAUUCCUCCCAUACAUGUGCCUCCAGGUUAUAUUUCACAGGUAUUAGAAGACAGCACAGGCGUUCGCAGGGUGGUGGUCACACCUCAGUCUCCAGAGUGCUAUCCUGCUAGCUAUCCUUCUGCCAUUUCUCCAACACACCACUUAACACCAUACCUUACCCAUCAUCCACAUUUCAUUCAUAACUCUCAUACAGCUUUCUACCCGCCUGUUACUGGGCCUGGAGAUAUACCACCCCAGUUUUUUCCUCAGCAUCAUCUUCCGCCUACCAUUUAUGGAGAGCAAGAAAUUAUAUAUGGAAUGUCAAGUUAUAUAACCAGGGAAGAUCAGUACAACAAACCACAGCACAAAAAAAUCAAAGACAGACAAAUUGAUCGCCAGAACCGUUUGAACAGCCCUCCAUCUAUCUACAAGAGCCAUCCAGCAUGUACGACGGUGUACAGUGGUACCAUCAAGACUCAAAAUGGGGCCACCAAUGGGGGAGGAAGCGGUGGAGGCGUAGGUGGUGGAGGCAUGCCAGCCGUCAAAAAAGCAGAACGCAGAGCAAGGAGCAGCCCCAAGACCAACGAACAGGAUUUGCAUGAAUGUGACACAGAAACAAAGAAGGUUCAAGAUGUUCUUUCUGGAAUUGAGAAACCACAGGUGUCAAACAUUCAGGCUAGAACAGUUUUGCUCACUUGGUCUCCUCCUAAUGGCCUUUCAAGUGAAGAUAGACUCAGCAAUGGUUUGCCUUAUACUUGUACUUACGAAGUUGCCUUAUCAGACAAAGGGAGGGAUGGAAAGUACAAAACAAUCUACAGUGGAGAAGAAUUGGAAUAUAAACUGAAAGAUCUUAGGCCAGCAACAGAAUAUCACAUCAGGAUACAUGCUAUGUACAAUUCAGUGAAAGGAUCUUGCUCAGAACCAGUCAGCUUCAUCACUCGUAGCUGUGCUCCAGAAUGCCCUUUCCCACCCAAACCUUCACACAGGACCAAAAAUUCCUUGACUUUGCAAUGGAAGGCCCCAAUUGACAAUGGUUCAAGAAUCACCAGCUACCUUUUAGAGUGGGAUGAAGGGAAAAGGAGUAAUGUUUUCAGAGAAUGUUAUUUUGGGAGCCAAAAACAUUACAAGGUGACAAAGCUGUGUCCUGCUGUGGGUUAUACAUUCCGAUUAGCAGCUCAGAAUGAAAUAGGCAUAAGCGGUUUUAGCCAAGAAGUUGUAUGCUAUACUUCAGGAAAUAUCCCUCAGAUCCCUUCAGCACCACGGCUUGUCCGUGCUGGAGUAACGUGGAUCACACUGCAAUGGAAUAAAGCAGAAGGUUGCACCCCGGAAGAAGUGAUUACAUACACCUUGGAGAUUCAGGAAGAAGAUAACGAUAGUGCAUUUCAUCCAAGGUACACUGGAGAAGACCGAACCUGUACUGUGAAGAAUCUUAAAAGAAGCACACAUUACAAAUUCAGGCUGAUUGUCUCCAACGUAGAAGGGAAAAGUAGUCCUAGUGAUGUCAUGGUCUGCACAACAAGUCCAGACAGGCCAGGGCCACCUUCAAGACCCAUUGUUAAAGGGCCAGUAACAUCUCAUGGCUUCAGUGUGAAAUGGGAGCCUCCUCAGGACAAUGGUGGUUCAGAAAUCCUAAAUUAUCUGUUAGAAGUUUCAGAAGGAAGCUCUGAAGCAAAUCAAUGGGAAGUUGCAUAUAGAGGGCCUGCUACAGAAUGUACGUGUGCUUACUUGAAACCAGGCACUUUAUACAAGCUCCGGGCAUGCUGUAUUAGCACUGGUGGACACAGUCAGUGUUCUGAAAGUUUACUUGUUCGUACACUAAGCAUUGCUCCAAACCAGUGUCAACCACCCAGAGUGCUUGGGAAACCAAAACAUAAAGAAGUACAACUGCAGUGGGAUGCUCCCCCUGUAUCAGAAAGUAGCAGUCAUAUCUCAGCAUACAGUGUAGAAAUGACUGGACCUGAAGAUGUGGUUUUGGAGGUGUAUCAUGGUCCAGAUCUUGAAUGUACUGUCGGCAAUCUUCUGCCUGGAACAAUAUAUCAGUUCAGAGUGAGAGCUUUGAAUGAUGGAGGGUACGGGACUUACUCUGAAGCUACAAAAGUCAUCACAGUUGCUGGGCCUCCAGGGCAGUGCAGAGCGCCUUCCCUUGCCUUCCUUUCAGAUUCAAGUGUACUUGUGAGCUGGGAGAGUCCUGAGAGUUUUGGUGCUGACAUCUCAGAAUACAGACUGGAGUGGGGAGAAGAUAAGGAGACUUUAGAACUGGUGUAUACUGGCACAGGCAACUCCUUUGAAAUCCACCAGCUGUCAGCUGCAGCACAUUAUUUCUGUAGACUACAGGCAAUAAACCAAGCAGGAGCAGGAUCAUACAGCGACCUGGUUUCCUGCAGAGCCCCAGCCUCUGUUCCUGAUGCUGUAACCCACCUCUACGUAUCGGAGGACGAGCACCUGGAUGCCUGUCCAAUGCCUGUUGUAUGCCUUGUAUUGAACUGGGAGGAACCGUGCAAUAAUGGGUCUGAGAUUAUAUCUUACAAUAUUGAACUGGGAGAUACUACUUUGCCCGUGGGUAAAGUCACAACUUACGUAAUUGAGGACUUGCUUCCAGAAACCACAUUCCGGCUCCGGAUUCAGGCCAUCAAUGAGGUUGGAGCUGGGCCUUUUAGCCACUUCAUUACAGCAAAGACCAGGCCAUUGCCACCCUUACCUCCUCGGCUAGAGUGUACUGCAGCAGGUCCCCAGAGCCUGAAACUGAAAUGGGGAGACAGCAGCUCCAAACAGCAUACUGCUGAUGACAUGGUCUAUCUCUUACAAAUAGAGGACAAGAACAAGAGGUUUGUUUCAAUCUAUAGGGGACCAAGUCAUACUUACAAGGUACAGCGACUGAUGGAAUAUACCUGCUACACUUUUAGAAUACAAGCUGUAAAUGGUGCUGGGGAAGGACCUUUCUCAGAAGUAUUUACCUUCAGUACAACUAAAUCUAUCCCCCCUGUUAUUAAAGCACCUCGAGUGAGACAGUUAGAAGGAAACACCUGUGAAAUUGCUUGGGAAACAGCACCACCCAUGAAGGGAGACCCUGUGAACUACAUCCUGCAGGUCCUAGUUGGAAGAGAGUCUGAGUACAAACAGGUGUACAAGGGAGAUGAGACGAUGUUCCAAAUCUCAGGCCUUCAGGUUAACACAGAUUAUAGAUUUCGUGUGUGUGUUUGCCGCCGAUGCUUGGAUACCUCACAAGAACUUAAUGGACCUUUCAGCCCUUCUGUUGCCUUUAUUCUUCAGCGGAGUGAGCUCAUGCUUACAGGGGAAAUGGGAAGACCCGAUGACCCCAAGACUAAAUGUAUGAUGCCUUCUGAUGAACAGUUUGCAGCCCUCUUAGUCCUUGGCUUUGCAAGCGUCUCCAUCUUAUUUGCUUUUAUACUACAGUACUUGUUUAUGAAGUAGAGUUCAACACAAGCAUUUGAGGUAUCAUUUUAAUUAAUGCUUCAUACUAUAAUCUACAUGUUUUAUUCAGAUAGUCCUCUUUAUUUUUUCAGUGCAUUUUUUCUGGUUUAUCGUUGUUUUUUAAAGGGGUGGCGGGGGAAUGACAGUCCUAUUUAGAAAAUAAAAAUUGACAUUCAGGUGCACCUUUUGGACAUUCAAGGUUAGGAAAUGGUCAGAUAUAUCCAAGCCAGAGACCAAAACAAAUAUUUUGCAUUUGGAUGUUCUUUUCCCUUCUCCUAUGAUUUUAUUCAUGUACUAGUUGUUUUUUUUUUCCAAAACAUAGAAAUGUAACCAGUUUGCCUUCACAUUUUUGCCUUAGUGCUAAACGUGUUGCAGUCUUUAAGUUGCAAGUUUAUUACAUUAGAGUAACCGCUUUAAGCUCUUCUCAAUUUGCAAGACUUAACCAUCACUACGUAAUAGCAUUGCAGCUAAGCAUUUCGCAAUGCAUCUGUUGCACAAAUUGUUAACUAUAAAUAUCACAUAUGACAUUCACUACAAUUCUUUUCUCCUCUUCCCCCAUCCCACCAAUUUUGCAUUGUUUUUACUUUUCCCCCUGGGGGAAAAAAUUAGUCUCCAUUAUGUAAUCAACUAUAUUUUUAGCACAUUUCAGUCCCAAUAAUUUAUCUUGCAACCUAAAGUCUUCUUUGAAUUAUAAACUUUUUAUUCAAGCUGUUUGCGCACUAUAAAUUCUUGUAUAACAAAUCUGAUAACCAGAUAGCUUUAUCAAUGAAAAAGCAUUACCGUUUCUACAAUUUUCUUUAUUUUAUAGCAGUAAUUUUAAGAGGGCAUUGUGCAAUAGUUAUUCCCAUGUCCAGCUGUUUUUAUUUUGUUUAAAGAAAAGCUGCUUUUAACUAGUUUGUUUGCCUUUGUAUAUAAACUUACUCUUAAUCCAAUCACUAGAUUUGUUAUAUUCAUCUUGAUCUUACGUGUUUAUAACUGGUGAAAGCUUACUGCCUUUGCUAUUUAAAUUACAUUAUUACCUUUUCUCAUAAGCAGUCUCUCGAUCAGCCAUGUAAGAAAAAGGUCCAUCUGCAUUUCAGUCCUGGAAAAACCGGGGUAAAUUCAUACAGACACCUCAGAUGCUAAAUACUGUAGAGCUGAUAAAGAUGGUGCCAUUUCUUCCAUCUCCUCCUCUUCCUUUCUUCUUUAUGGCAUCUCCUAUUACCAAAUAUGUCAUGUAAUAGCCAUUCACUUUCCCCUUCAGUUUCAUUGGCUGCUGCUUGCAGAAGUGAUGGUGGGGAAGGACACCAUAGUGCACUUGGCAACGCACUCUGUGUAUUGUAAUAAUAAAGCAAAGGGGAACAUAGCAGUGCUGUGUUGCAAAACAUCAACCUCAAGCAUUAUUGGCAUUUCCAACAAUGCCUCUGAGCUCUCUAGAGUUUCAUUGAAUGGCUGGUGGCUACAUUCCAGGGCUGGGUUUACCUUCUGGCAAAUGGCUGUAUUGGCCACUACAGUUUGAGAAUGCCCUUAUUACACGCUCAAAAUUCCAGGUAUGCUCGCUGGCCCUCAAAUUUCGAAGAUUCCUGUAGUGGGCAUGGCCAAGGGGGAGAAGACAAGGAGGAGAUGUGGGGCAGCUGGUUUCAGCAGCAGUUGCAACCUUGACACCCAGCUCUAGUUUCAACUAGUGUUCAGAUCAUGGGGUGUGUGUGGUCCAUUGCAAACCCAGCGUCAUUACUCUUUGGGACACUGUGUGUGCUUUUACAUCAGUUGCCAAGGCGUGUUCAUCCAGUCUGUCAAAAUCCUUGGUAAUUAUUUUUUUUUUAAAAAAAGGCUUUGAAUCAUUGGAUUAUUUUUAUGAUGUCUAAGUGCCUCAGGGAUAUUGAGCAGGAGGUGCAAAAUAAAUUUCACGUGGAAAUGCACAGAGCUGCAAUCCAUCAGGAACCUCCCCCAGACUGUGCUUUUACAACUUGAAAAGCAUUGCUACGGAGCUCCAUUCACUUCCAUCAAACAGAGGUGCACAACAAUAUGCCCCCCCGCAAAGCCUUAGGUACGUCCCCCCCCAGAGGUCUUCAAAGGUUGUUGCCAAAUGACUUCUUUUUUUAAGUACCAGAAGGGGGAGGCACUGGAGAGUAAUGGUAUCAGCUAUAUUUAAUUUUUAAGUAAAUUGAAAUGAAAUGUGCACUCUUUCCUUAAAGCUCGUGCGGGGAAAAAAUGUGACUGAGCAGUUCCUGAUCUAGCUCUGCAUUAAUUGGAGGAGUUCCCAUGAAUUGUGUCCCAGACUUUGUGUACCCUUGCAUUCAAACAACAAAAAGUUCUGUAUAUUUUUGCUCUUCUCUGGGUUCUGCUUGCAUUGUAUUUUGUUUGUCUUCU